CGGCGCCGGCGCAGUGUACUCUUCCGCAAGCGCGGGAGUCUCGGUUUGCGGAUAGCGCCGUAGUCACGGGCUUGGUUUCCCGGGCGCGUUUGGCCUUUUGUGGUGGUAUGGGUCUCCGCGCGGAGGUAGCGGGCGGCCGCAGCGGAGGCGUUGCCGACACCCCGGGCGGCUUGUAGGAGGAGUGCAAGGGUCUUCAGGGGUCGCCGCGGCCUUCGCUUUCCCCCGUCGCGGUCGCGGUGCCUACGGCGAGGAUGAGUUCGGCCUGGGACGCUGAUUUCGAGAAGCAGCAUCUCUGGAUGUACCUGCAGGCCCUGGGCUUGGAUCCGGGCGUUGGCACCACCGUCGGCGGGAAGUUGGUGUCUCACGCACGCCUUGGAGAGAACAUGUUUGACAAACUGAACCGUGAUGCCUUUCAUAUAGUUUCUUAUUUUUUAUUUCAAACACUGGAUGAGUCUCUUGCCAAAGAAGUUUUCAGAGAUUGCUGGCCUCCAUUUGACCAAAAACAUGACACGGAAUUCCGGAAACAUUGCUGUGAAUGGUUAAAAGAGAUUUCUGCUGAAUGUGGGAGUAGUUUUCCUCAAGUUGUUGGCUCACUGUUUCUCUCUCCUGGUGGUCCUAAGUUUAUUCAUCUGAUGUACCAUUUUGCAAGAUAUGUUGCGAUCAAAUAUAUAAAAACAAAAUCUAAUGAUUCUCAACGUUUUGCAGAAACAUUUAAUGUAAAGUCACAAGAUAUGCAUAAGUGCAUUGCUAGAAGCCAUGUAGCACGUAACAGAUUUUUACAAAUUUUGCAAAGAGAACAUUAUGUUACCCAGAAAUACCAGGAAAAUGCACAUCUGUGUGUUAAGCAAGUACGAAAUUUGAGAUCGGAAUGCAUGGUUCUACAAAACCAAAUUAAAAGACUGGACCCCAGUGAUGACCAGAGUAACAUACAAGAGAAAAUUCAAAAGGUUCGGUCUUUGUGGACUUCUGUGAAUGAGAUACCUGUGUUUUUGGAAAAGGAGAAAGAAGUUGUUAGUUCAGUCUUAAGUCAUGUUAACCAAUGUGCUUUGGAUGGAACUAACGUUUCUGUUAAUAUUCCAAGGCUCUUACUUGACAGAAUCGAGGAGCAGUUAUGUCAGUUGCAGAUGGGAAAUGUUUAUGAGGCUGGAAAAUUGAACCUUUUAACAAUUAUUCAGUUGUUAAAUGAAGUCUUGAAAGUAAUGAAAUAUGAACAUUGUAAGGCUGGCCAAGCAAGAUUGACAAUAGACCUUCAGUACCUUGAAAAAGAAACCAAAUUUCAGAGGGAAAGAUUAUCAGAUAUGAAACAUAUGAGGCAUAAACUAAAAGAGGACGUCACUGCAAUAAGACAUUCUACUGUUGAAAAGGAAGGAAAAUGGCAUAAGAAGUGGGAAGGAUUACUUGGUUUGUCUCCUUUCGGUCUAGUUAAAGGCGGGCCUUCAGCUGUGGAUCUUUUGCCUCCCAUGUCUCCCCUUUCGUUUGAUCCUGUGUCAGAGGAAGUAUAUGCAAAGAGUGUACUUUUAAAGUAUCCUGCUUCACUUCCAGAUAAACAUAAAGAACAUAAUCAAGAAAAUGGUAGCGGAAGAGAAACCGACACCCCAGGAGGUGUGUGUGAUCUAGCCAACAGCCCUGCAACUUUCCCCUUACAGUGUCCUUCAUCAUCAGAUACAAACAGUGUCACACUACUUGAAAAGGAUCCAAAUAUGAGAACUCUCAAAAAGAAAACCAUAAUGACUUUCAGAAAAGUGCCAGACCCUGACAUGACUUCCAGAAAAGUGCCAGACUCUGACAUGGAAGACUCUCCUUUAUCAGAUACUGCAAAGAACAUACAGAGUAGUGGAUUCAGAGGCUCUCUGCCAGUGACAAAGAGUGAUCCAUUCCAGAAAGAGCAAGAUCAGCUGGUAGAAGAGGUUGCCAGAGUAGUUCUAUCUGAUUCACCACAGCUCUCUGAAGGAAAAGAAGUAAAAUUGGAGGAGCUAAUUGACACUCUGAUUUCUAAUCCUUUCUUAACCAGGAAUCAAAUUCCCCGAACUCCAGAAAACUUGAUGACUGAAGUCAGGAGCUCAUGGAGACAAGCUGACACUGGAGCUAACAGAAGUGCAGGUGCGAGUCUAGUAGACGCCGGAGGUAGAGCUGUGUCCCCAGAGUCUUCACCAGCACUGCACAGCCAGAGGGACCUCAGCAUGGCUAUUUUUUCCUCAGAUUUCGAUCAGUCCUACUUGCCUGAACAGAAAGCUGUUCCAGACCAGCUCAAGAGCGUGCCUCAGAAACCUUUGACAAGUCAGACCGGUGAACCCCCAACAGAAGACGAGUCCGACUUGAUAAAUAAGAAAAUGCUUUGUGAGCAAGAUUUAGAGUGUGCAACCACCAGGCUUUCAGACACUGGACAAAUGGAGGCAUUCUCCCGUGCUAUGGGCAGUGGAAUAGAUGUGAUGGGUAGAAGUGAAGAGGACUCUGUUCGAGUAUCGGACCACUCACAGGCUUCUUGCAGUGAACCUUCCACACGUAAAACUCUGUUAUGGGACUCUUUUCAGAGGUUGAGUGGCAUUGGAAUAUUACAUGAGACUCUUCCAGAAGAAGUUGGUCACCUAAGUCUUAAUAGUUCUACUAGUUCAGAGACCAGUUUCAGACUGGAGCCGAAUAGUUAUGUGCACAGUGAUGCUUUUCCAGGUGAUGCUGGAAAAAGACAAGCCACUGCAGAAGUAGAUUCCAGUUCAAAGGCUAUUUUCAGUAGUUUGGAGACUCUGAAGAAAUCCCUUAACAAGAUAAGGAAAGAAUCUCACCUGUCUCAUUCCAAGACACUUGAACAACACAACUUAGAAUUCAGCCCUGUAGCCAAAGAUGUGCAAGCAGAUGAUCCACAUACUGUUUUGGGCACUCAGGAUUUGUUUAUUGACUACACAAAACCAUCCUCCCACAUAUCUCUUGAUGAAAGAACACAGUCUGUAUCACCACUAACUAAAGUUUCUCUGCUGGAGCAAAAAUUGAGGACUGUGUUACCAUGUAGUCUCAGGGAAUUUCUGCCUAACUUAAAAGAAGAAGAAAUCUCAAAUAAGAGCCUUGAAGCAAGAGAAUCUCUGAUUUGACAAGAUGAAGCAGUUUCCAGUUGAUUUAGCUGUGAUGCUAAAACGGAAGCCUUGCCACUCAACUGCAGCUGAUCUAGACACGUGCAUUGGGAGUACAAUACUCUUUUUCCAGGGUCAAAGAAGUUUCGCAUGCACUUUGGCCUCUUGUAAUGUCUUUAGGUGCUUAGCUCUUUUUUGAUAAAUAUAUGAGGUUGAAAUGUGAAGUAUUUAGAAAUAGCAAAUGUCAAGUUUUGGGAAACUAUUUUGAUUCCUAGAAAAAUCUUGUAACAUAAGUUAAUGGCAAAUGUCAUAGUUGUGUUAAAAUAUCAGUUAUUAACUUAAGGAUGAGUGUGUAAUCUAAUAGCCACUGAAGAGCCUCAUCUUUCAUUUUAGAGAAACCAUUUUAUUGGAUCUCUAUGAAAUAUUUUGGUACUAAGAAAAAAUGAGUGCAGCGUAGUGCCUUUGGAUGUAUAGUAAGAACAACAGAUUUUAAAGUUUGUGAAAUUGUAAACAGGCUUAAUGAAUUCCAAUAUAUUAAUCCUGAAGAAUGAUGUUGAUGGGAUAAAACACAUGUUAUAAGUAAAGACAAGACAGAAUGAAUUGAGAAAAAGAGGAAAGGUAGAAGAUGACCAGACAUUUAAAGAACACUGUUAAACUGUACUAUUUUGUCUACAUAGAUUGAGAAUUUAACACUAGUUUAUAUUUAACAAAAAUAUAAAUGAAAAAUUCACAAA